GCUUACUUUCUGAUCACGCACAUGGCUUUCAGAUACUGUCAUCUGUUUGGCUCAGUUGAAAUCAUGUUUUCCUUUUAUUUUUUCAUUUCAUGAGUUCUUGAGUUUUAUUUUUGGAUAUUUCUAGGAUAUUUGCUUAGCUUGAAGUUGGAUUAUUUUGUUUAACCAUGUAUUUUGCUUACAUAUGAAGACCUCAGUUCUUGACAUAGAUAAAGCAAUAUUGGUUUUACAUGGAUCAAAAAUUAAACCAAAAUCUAGAGGUGUCCUGCAACUUGUUUGCAUGUCCAGAUCGUACUUUUGUUAUGUCCAAGAACAUUUAGCCAAAAUAGUUAUGCUAGAUGAACCUUUGCCAUGACAAAUCAUCAAGUCAAUGUUUUGUGGCUUCUCAGAUAGUUAUGGUUGAGAAAAAGUACUACUUGGUUUGCUCUUAUACCAUGUAUUUAUCAUCUAUAAAAUCUUAUCAAGUUCAAACUUUUCCUGAAUGUUCUUGGAUGAGAACAUCACAUAUGAAGAUCCCUCCUUCAUUAAACAAUCUGUAUCUCAGGACUUCCCUUUGCUGAGUUUAUUGUAGUUGUGUAUGUGUUUGCAUGUUUUACUUUAUUUGGCAAGUAAACUGGUACUCAUACUUAGGUUUUGGCUGUUCCAGUCUAAUUCUCAUCUUCAAUGUUUUCUUCCACAGUUAAUAUAAAAUUAAACUGUGACUGGAAGAAUGGUAGAGGACAAUCUUGAGGUGGGCGACUCUUGUUUGUCUUCACCAAAAUCUGUGCAAAAUUCUGUAGAGCCUAGCCCAACUGAAGGCACCAAUGAAGAUGAAAGCAGUAACCUUGAGAAAACAGCAUGUGCCAAUUUUGAGACACCAAUGCACCAAGAACUUCCUGCAAGCUUGAUAUUGAUUGACGAAGAAAGCAAUCUGCAAGAGACUUCGGUUGAACAAAAGGCUUCCAUUGGUGAUUCCAUAUCAUCAGAAGUAGACCACAGUGGGUUGCCAUCAAUCAAAGAAGAUUCUCACAGAUUUCCAUCUGCCUCUAACGAAGUUGAUGAAUCAAAGGAUGCCAUCAGUGACUUGAUGACAACGCAUUCUUCAGAAGAAAACACACAUGCAACACCACAGACUUCAGUUAGCUCAAGAGAAGAGGUCCAAUGUGCACCUUUGCAUAACGUUCAAGAUGGUGCUUCCUGUCCCGAUUCUGAGAAAACUGCUUGUGAGGCGCCACCUGCUAUCUUACAAAAGGUGAAAGAAGAUAAACCACGGUUCAUGCAUAGAUUGCCUGAUCGCCAAAUGAGCCUACGAGACACUAGACAGAAAAUGCCUGCGCCCGUGAGGAGAUUGAACAGUGGGAAUUAUUCGAGGACUGAUAAUUUUUUUGUCGAUACAACGAAGCCCAUUGAGUCAGUGAAGGUGGCUGCCUCAAGAUUUGGUGGGAGCAUCAACUGGAAAACGCGCAAAACAGAACCAGUGCAGGUGGGUGAUCAUGUCAAACUCGAGGUCAGUCUGCUGAAGAACGAAAUUUCAGAUUGCAAACAGCAAGCUGAAGCUGCAGAGGCUGCAAAGCUGUCUGUAUUCAAUGAGAUUAAGAGAACAAAUAAGCUUAUUGAAGACCUGAAACAUGACCUGGAGAGGGCAGAACAUGAAGAGGCAGAUGCCAAGGAGGAUUUGGAUUUCUUCCAAUUUAUUGUACCAGAGAUGGAGGAAGGAGGAGCUAGCGGUGAUAGUGUUGCAGGCGAGGAGAUUUUGAAAAAUAUCCAAGAACGGCACAAAGUACUGGUGUCCAAACUGAAGUUGGUCAAUGAUGAGUUAAAAGGGGUUCAGGAGAAUUAUGAUUCUUUAUUGAUUGAACAGGACAUUUCCAUUGGAAAAUCUCAGGCAGCCAUCAUAGUAUCCAAAGAGUCUGAGAAGCAAGCAGAGGAGCUCACUGUAGAGCUCAACAAACUGAAGGAAGUGUUGGAUUUGGCUCGUGCCACGCGCCAUGAUGCUGAAAAACACAAGGCGUGUGCAUCCUUAGCUCGAGAUGAGGACCGUCUUAAAUGGGAGAAGGAUCUAGGGCAAGCAGAAGAGGAGCUGAGUCAACUCAACAAGAAGCUUUCCUCUAUCGAAGAUCUGAAAUCAGAGCUCGAAAUAUCAUCCAGCUUGCUGGUGAAGCACAACGAAGAGCUAAAUGCAUAUGUGGAGGAAAAGCUAAUUAAAGAAGCACAAGAACAAGGAAACAAAACUGAUGAGACCAUGCAAGAAGAAACCAUUCUAUCAAGAGAUGAGCUUGAGGAGCAGAAGAAGAGCAUUGAUAAGGCGAGAGAUGAAGUCUGUGCCCUGAAAGUUGCUGCUGCAUCACUUCAGUCAGAGUUGAGCAAAGAGAAAGAAACACUUGCCACCAUGCAGCAGCUGGAAGCAAUGGCAUCGAUCACCAUUACUUCUCUCAAGGCAGAGAUUAAGCUGGCAAAACAGGAACUGGAAACAGUUCAGUCCAAGGAGAAGAAAUCCUGCGAUAGAAUGAGCGAGUUGCCUGGGCUUCUGCAAGCUGCAGCCCAGGAAGCUGAUGAGGCAAAGUCUCUCGCUGUGAAGGCACAGGAGAUGCUAAGAACGAGCAAGGAAGAAAUGGAGCAAGCGAAGGCUGAUCUGAGUACUAUGGAAUUCAGGCUCCAAGCAGUCCUGAAGGAGACGGAAGCAGCGAAAGAGUCUGAGAGGCUGUCGCUUGAUGCUCUCAGAGCUCUGGAGGAGAGCGAGCUUGCAGCAAGCAUUGCAGAACAAGGCUCUCCUGGAAUGAUCACACUGGACUUUCAUGAACAUGCGUCUCUCAUCGAGAAGUCCCAUCAGGCAGAAGAGCUUGUGCACGAGAAGAUAUCUUUUGCAGUUGCGCAGGUUGAGAUGGCCAAGGACUCCGAGUCUCUCGUCUUAGCAAAGCUCAGCGAAAUUUACAAGGUUCUGGAAGAACGAAAGCAAGCGCUGCUUGCUGCCCAAAAGCAGGCCGACAGUGCCACGGAAGGCAAGCUGGCCAUGGAACAGGAACUGAGGACAUGGAGGGAGGAGCAUGGGGAGCGUCGUAAGGCUACCGCUGAGGCUUUGAAAUCUGAAACUAAACAUUCAAACCCGGUGGUGAUCGUCGUUGAGCGCGAUCGGGACAUCAAGGGCACAUGCAAAGAAGACAGCUGCGCCUUGGUUCAUCCGCUGUCCUCGGAUAUGUCAGCCAGGAGCAGCCCUGCCGGCCCAGGUUUGCGCGAGAAGGCGAAGAAGGCAAAGAAGCCGCCGUUCCUCCGGCGCAUGAUGAUGUUCCUGGCCAGGAGGAGGCUCACAGCAGCGGCGUAACACGGUGUGCUCUCUUUCUGGCAGACGUGUUAGAACUAUUUCCCCACAACAACAACAACAAAAAAGAAGCAAGUGUUAGAAGUGCCUUCUGCUUGCUCAACUGCGAUGCUGCAGAACUCUUGGAUCACGGGCUGUGAAGUCUUCAUGGAAUUUUUAUAUCUACGGAGAAGACACGAACUUGUAAACUUGCGAAGGUGUACAAGAAAAGCUUGUAAAUUUGUAAUGUUUUGAAUACUACUACCGUGUGUUUGUGCCUGUAACUUUGACCGACUCCAUUGCUUGAUGAACUGGAUCUUGAGUUCGAUAAG